UAUCAGUUUUUAUUUCACAUCGGUUUUCAUUUUCCAGAAAAAUUCCAUUUGCAUCAUCGAAUUCCGACUUGGCGACUGCCUGAGCUUCUCACCGUUCUACGAAUCGAAGACGAAACCCCAAAUUCAGCCAUCACGAAGCAUACCUGUUGUACUUUGGGUUUUGUGGUGAUCUGGAUCCGCGAAAAUGGUUUCCUUUGAGAUGAACGAUCGCAAAAAGAUUGGGCUAGGGUUGACCGGAUUUGGAGUAUUUUUCUCAUUCUUGGGAAUCAUUUUCUUCUUUGAUAAGGGAUUAAUUGCCAUGGGAAAUAUCCUCUUCUUCUCAGGGGUGGCCUUAACCAUUGGUCUUAAAUCAUCCAUGCAGUUUUUCACGAAACGUACUAACUUUAAGGGAACUAUGUCAUUUGGUGCAGGCUUUUUCCUGGUUGUUAUUGGGUGGCCUAUAUUGGGGAUGAUUCUUGAGGCAUAUGGAUUUAUUAUACUCUUCAGUGGGUUCUGGCCAACGUUGGCAGUUUUCCUGCAGAAGAUACCUAUUCUUGGGUGGUUACUUCAACACCCCUUUGUCAGAUCGAUCUUUGACCGUUAUAGGGGAAAACGUGUACCUGUAUAAUUUUAGUACAGAAAUGUGCAAGGAAGCAAUACUUGUCGACCCUCUUGUAAGAAUAUGGAACUUGUUUCUAAUCUCAAAAAAGAAGCUUUAAUCAGGAGACUAGAUCGCCAUUGUCUUUGGAAUGUAAUGUAAAAUUCUUCGGCGCUUUUCAGGAUGAACACAAUUUGUUUUGUUCACAGUUGAUAAUAUGGGUUACUUAAGUGCCUUAAUUGCACCCUUUUUGGGCUAAGCUUUUCUAUUUGUGGAUAUUGUUCUUUUCUGUUGGAGUGGAGGUGACAAUUAUGUUUCCAC